CUGGGGGGAUUUGGGAGCUUUCGGAGAGCCUUCUAAGGAAACCCCUAACCUAGACCAGAUGGCUGCAGAAGGGAUGCUUUUCCUGGAUUUUUACACUGCCAGCCCCCUCUGCUCUCCCUCAAGGGCAGCACUGCUGACAGGCCGGCUCCCGGUCAGGAAUGGCUUUUACACCACCAAUGGACACGCCAGGAAUGCAUACACACCACAGGACAUAGUAGGAGGAAUCCCAGAUUCUGAAUUACUGCUUCCAGAGCUCCUGAAGAAAGCUGGUUACACCAAUAAGAUCAUUGGCAAAUGGCACUUGGGGCACCGGCCCCAGUUCCACCCCCUGAAGCACGGCUUUGAUGAGUGGUUUGGGUCCCCAAACUGCCACUUUGGGCCCUACAACAGCACAGAGCGCCCCAACAUCCCCAUCUACAGGGACUGGGAGAUGGUUGGCAGAUACUAUGAAGAUUUCAAAAUUGAUCUGAAGACAGGUGAAGCCAACUUGACUCAGCUCUACCUGCAGGAAGCUCUGGAUUUUAUUAGCAAGCAGCAGGCCAGCCAGCAGCCUUUCUUUUUAUACUGGGCAAUUGAUGCUACCCACGCUCCUGUCUAUGCCUCCAAACAGUUCCUGGGCACGAGUCAGAGAGGGCUGUAUGGGGAUGCUGUGCGGGAAAUCGACGACAGCGUUGGGAAAAUCCUGAAGCACCUCCAGCAGCUGGGCAUCAGUGAGAGCACCUUUGUGUUUUUCACCUCUGAUAACGGGGCUGCUCUCAUUUCAGCUCCCAAGCAAGGAGGAAGCAAUGGGCCUUUCCUGUGUGGCAAACAAACCACCUUCGAGGGUGGCAUGAGGGAGCCGGCCAUCGCCUGGUGGCCCGGCCACAUCCCUGCAGGAGGGGUCAGCCAUCAGCUGGGCAGUGUGAUGGAUCUGUUCAGCAUCAGCCUCUCCCUGGCGGGUCUGCAGCCUCCCAGUGACAGACAGAUUGAUGGCAUCGACCUUUUACCUGUCAUCCUGCAGGGCAAGCUAAUUGACAGGCCCAUUUUCUAUUAUCGUGGCAACGAGCUGAUGGCAGUGAGAGCUGGGCUGUACAAAGCUCACUACUGGACCUGGAGCAACUCCUGGGAGGAGCAUGGCAAGGGCAUCGAUUUCUGUCCUGGCCAGAGCGUGGCUGGGGUGACCACACACACCCAGGAGGAGCACACCCACCUGCCCCUGCUCUUCCACCUGGGCAGGGACCCUGGUGAGAAGUACCCCUUAAGGUGUUCCAGGAGAGCUCUUGGAAGAGUGGGGGCUGAGUGUGGAGAGCUGCUGACCUCAGUUUUGCCAGUGAGGAGUACCAGCGGGCUGUGGAGCACAUCUCGGGGCUGGUGCAGCAGCACAAGGCCACCCUGGUGCCAGGCCAGCCCCAGCUGAACGUGUGUGACCAGGCUGUCAUGAAUUGGGCUCCUCCAGGCUGUGAGAAGCUUGGGAAGUGCCUGAAAGCACCAGAGUCUGAUCCUAAGAAAUGCUCUUGGCCUCACUGAUGGCUGCAGCCCUCCAGAGCUACCCAGAGGCACUGGACAUCCAGUUUCCAAUGCCUGCUCCUGCUGGCACUCCUGUUUACACAGGAAGGGUGUGAUGUGUGCAUGAUAUCAUCACUUGCUCUUCCAAAAGGGCCAGUGUUUAUAUUCCUCGUGCUCAGGGUUUAGCCUCUACUCCUCUCUUCCCCCAGUUCUUUCCCUAAAUGGUAACUCCAGUGAGGAUUGGGUCAGCUGUAAAAGCUCUCUGGACAGCCACAACCGUGCCAUCAGCCCCAUGGAUCACUCCUGCUCCUUCCACCCAGCCUUGCUCACUGGGCUGCCCCAACAGGAGCCACGGGGCAGGUCAGGAAACUCAGAGCUGCCAGAGAGCCCUGCCCAAACUGCCCAUGUUUCGUUUGCCUGUAGCUUGUUGUUUUAACAUUUGCUUUCCAUUGUGAACUCUGGACAUCAACUUGUUUUUCCUUUCUCCCCAAAUUUGUGAGUCCUGGGUGCAAACCAGGGAUCCCUCCUGCUCACUGAGGGGUUUGGAUCCAGGGAGAAUGCCCUCAGUUCCUUCCAUGUGUAGCUGCAAACGUUCCCUAGGCCAUGGUUUAGGAAAGGUGGGACUGUGUUCAGGUGAGUGUUGCAUUGGGGUUCCAGCCCCUGCCAGCCUGAAGGGGCUCCAGGAGAGCUGGAGAGGGACUUUGGGAAAGGGCCUGGGGGGACAGGACACAGGGAAUGGCUCCCACUGCCAGAGGGCAGGGAUGGAUGGGAUUUUGGGCAGGAAUUGUUCCCUGGCAGGGUGGGCAGGCCCUGGCACAGGUGCCCAGAGCAGCUGUGGCUGCCCCUGGAUCCCUGGCAGUGCCCAAGGCCAGCCUGGGAUAGUGGAAGUGGGGUUGCACUGGGUGAGCUUUCAGGUCUUUUCCAACCCAGACCAUUCCAGGAUUCUGUUGCCAGUUUUUGGUGCAGGACAUUUGUGGGGAGCUGGGGGUCAGGUGUUCAUUUUGGGGCUUCCCUUCAUUUCCAAAAAUCUGGGUCUAGAGCUGGUCCAAGCCACGCUUCCCAUCUCGAGCUCUGGCCUCAGAAAUGCCCCUUGGCACCAGCCCUUGACUCCUGACCCUGUUUCCAGCACAUGCUGUCCCAGGAAUUCUCCUUGUGCAAACCUUGCCCAGCCUGGCUGCAGCUCUCCUUUAGCCAGAGUUCCUGGGGAGCAGGAGCCUUUGCUCAAUCCUGCAGGGCAGAUCCCUGCUCUGCCUUGGAGCCCGUUCCACACCCUUGCCUGUCUGCAAUAAACCUGUCUGGAGCAAAACCAGCCUGCUCUGGCCUCCAGGGCAGCAGCUGGAGGGAGCCUGAGCAUGUCUGGGUUCAGACUGAAACAGGGGAAGUUUGGGUUGGAUACAAGGAAGGGAUUGCUCCCUGUGAGGGUGGGGAGGCCUUGGCACAGGGUGCCCAGAGAAGCUUGGAGCAGCCUGGGCUAGUGGAAGGUGUGGGGUGGAGCAGGGUGAGCUUUUAGAUCCCUUCCCACCCAAACCAUUCCAUGAUUCUCCAUUUGUCCCACCCACAGCUCUCCUUCACCCCUCCAGUGUUUUCCAAGCACAGGUGCCCUGUCUGUGUGAUGUUGUGCUGCCUUAGGAAAAUCCAGGUGCUCUGUACCUGGAAACAGCUCAAAUUCCUCCCCAGCUAAGCUUGGAGCUGCUUGAGAGCUCUGCUCCUGUGCCAGCUGUGGUGCUCCCACCAGCUCCAGGCUCCCAGCUGCUGGUUCCUACCCUCCUGUAAUCCCAAAUCUUCCCAUUCCCCCCUCCCAUGCUUUAUGUACCUGUGAUCCCCUCCACAGUAACUCCUGCUGUGUGUCUCCUGAAGCUGGAUAAUCCCAUUAAACUGGAAUGAGAACA